CCAGUGAGUAUGUUCUCUUUUAAGGCCAACAAUUGGCUGUAGCCUACGGAUCAUUUCAUUUGGAUAUAUUCCAGUGAGGUGUGGGGACAGGUAAAUCCAUUUGUCUUAGUAGUUUUUUCCUCCUCCACCCGAGGCCAUGUCUCCGGCCUUGGCCCGCUCCGCUCCGGCGGAGAUCAACCACUGGUGGAGCCACCUGAGGUUUCGCCUCCAGAACAAGAAAGGCUGGAAUGAGAUGCUCGACGAGACGUUUCUCCUGCAAGCUCAACAGAUAAACACUAUUCCCCUGUUCUUUGCUGUAAAGGAGAAUAAUGUUGGGUGCAUCAAGAAACUCCUGAGCUGUGCUUCAACAAACGUAUUUGAAAGAGGUGCCCUGGGUGAGACUGCGCUACAUGUCGCUGCCCUUAGUGAUAACCUGGAUGCAGCUGUAGCACUAAUGGAUGUAGUUCCAGAACUCAUCAAUGAGCCGAUGAACUCCGACCUUUAUCAAGGUAUGACGGCUCUUCACAUCGCCGUGGUGAACCAGAAUGUGAAUCUGGUGCGAGAGCUGAUCAGACGCGGAGGCGACGUGGCCACACCGCGCGUCACGGGAAUGUACUUCCGAAAGAGACGAGGUGGUCUCUUAUAUUUCGGGGAGCACAUCCUGGCUUUUGCCUGCUGCGUGGGCAACGACGAGAUCAUCAAUAUGUUAAUUAACAAUGGUGCAAACAUCCGCGCCCAGGAUAGUCUCGGUAAUACCAUCUUACACCUCCUGGUCUUGCAGCCCAACAGGACUAUCGCCUGCCAGGUGGUGGACCUUCUCUUGUCCCGUGAUGCAGAGACAGACCCCUCGCUCCCUCUGGACAUGGUCCCCAACUAUCGCGGGGUCACGCCCUUCAAACUCGCCGCCAAGGAAGGCAACACAGUGGCAUUUCAGCAUCUUGUGAACCGCAGAAGGAUUGUGCAGUGGAACCUAGGACCCUUGUCGUCUAACCUUUAUGACCUUACAGAGAUCGACUCUUCGGCAGAUGACGUGUCCGUCCUGGAACUAAUAGUAGGCAGCCAAAAGAGAGAGGCUAGAAGAAUUUUAGAGGUCACCCCCGUCCGGCAACUGGUCAGUCUGAAAUGGAAUCUCUAUGGGAAACAUUACUUCAGGUUGUUGCUGCUGUUUUAUCUGCUGUACAUAGGAACCUUCACACUUUGCUGUGUGCAUCGCCCUCUAAAGGACAUUCCAGAGAACUACACCCUAGAGGAAAAUGAUAAAACUGUGAAAAUUCAAAAGACCCUGAAGGAGAGUUAUGUCACCUACAAUGACCGCCUGCGUUUAGUUGGAGAGAUCAUCAGUGUUCUGGGGGCACUUCUCAUGCUCUUUCUUGAGAUUCCAGACAUGCUCCGAGUUGGAGCGAAGCGCUACUUCGGCCAGACAGCACUUGGUGGGCCUUUCCAUGUCAUUCUGAUCGUGUACGCCGCCCUGGUGGUGAUCUUGUGUGUACUGCGGGCCACAGAGACUCCUGGUGAGUCUGUGCUCAUGGCUAUCUGCCUUGUGCUGGGCUGGUCCAACGUCAUGUUCUUCGCUCGCGGCUUCCAGAUGCUGGGCCCGUACGUCAUCAUGAUACAGAAGAUCAUAUUCGGGGACUUGACCAAGUUCAUGUGGCUGACUUUCAUUGUGCUGAUAGGGUUUUCCACAGCACUAUGGAUGGUGUACAUGACCCAGGAGGAGCUGUCCCUGCCCUCCUACACCUCCUUCCCCAUCACCCUCUUCUCCCAGUUCGAGCUGAGCGUGGGCCUGAUCGAUCUGCCGGUGGACCACGAGCUGAAGACGCCGGCCAUCGUGCACGUGCUGCACUGCUGCUUCUCCGUGGUCUCCUACAUCCUGCUCCUCAACCUGCUCAUCGCCAUGAUGAGCGACACACACUGGCGCGUGGCCCAGGAGAGGGACGAGCUCUGGAGAACGCAGGUGGUUGCCACCACCUUGAUGUUGGAGCGGAGGCUGCCUCAGUGGCUUUGGCCUCGCCUCGGGGUCAACGGGCUCCUGUACGGCCUGGGGGAGCGAUGGUUCCUGAGGGUGGAGGAUCGCAAUGACCCUAUGGUUCACAAGAUCCGUCGAUACAUUGGUGCCUUCGCAAAAGAUGACGACCAAGCCAAGGAUAAGCAGGAGCCACAGAAGACUGACACCUCUGCGGACGAAUUGCCUGGAGAGGCCCCUGCCAAGGUCAUAAUGAGAGGCGGGGCUAACCUCAACAGGAGGUCGCUAUGGGCAUGGCAGAAGAUUCGACAGAGCACUUUGUUUUUUGACACAGAGAAGGACAGCCAUUAUGAUGACGGACAAGAAGUUCAAUAUGUCUGACACCAAGUCACGU